GGUUCUUUGCGACAAAAGACGAAAGCUUGAACGCUCCUCAACCACACUACAACAUCCGACAUCAACCAUCGAGAAUUCAUUUUCCACCAAGGCUUUCAUCUCCUUUUUCGCGUGCUUAAUUGGUAACGGCCUCUGCUUGAUCGAUAAAUGUAACCAACUUAUCGGAGGGCUAUCAAAAUGGCGACCGGGGGAGAGGGUCGAAAAGGUCUCGACGACGAGGGUACCAUCAACGUCGCCUCGAAGAAGGUCACCAAGGACAGACCAAACGGCGUAAUAAAAUUGAAGAAGCCUAUACCGAAGCAGAUAAAGCCUGGAAAUUGGAGAGAGGGUAGCGUCGUUAACGACGAUAAAAAAUCCAAAGCUACAGAACAUCCUUCCAUCAUCGGCUCAUUAUCUCCCGGACCUGUGGUCAAUCAACUAGACGACUCUGCCCGCGACACCUUUGCGACCGGACGGCCACUUGAAGAUAACCUUAAUCUUCAACAAUGCAAGCAUUGCAAGAAGGGAAUCAUUAAGACGGCCGCAAAAGAGCAUAUCGCACAGUGCCUACGAAUUAAGAAGGAGAAAGCACAGCGUAAGAAAGAGGCGCGCGAGGCAAGAGAGCGAGCAAAAGAGCAGGCCCGGGAAGAGGAGGCCCGAAAGAACGACGAAGAUGGCGACGCCAAGAUGAACGACGACAGUGACGAUGACGACGACGGAUCAUUAAAGAAGGGUACAGGUGGCAAGGCCUCCAAGAAGGUAGGAGGAAAGAAACCAGACGGCGAGCCCAAGGGCAAGAAGCGCAAAGCCGACGGCGAUGCCGACAAGGGACCCAAGAGCAAAAAGAAAAAGGAAGAACCGAAGCCCAAGGUCCCUAAGCCUAAAGGCCCUGUGGACGUCGAGAAGCAAUGUGGUGUUAUAUUACCGAACGGACAGCCGUGCGCCAGAUCCUUAACAUGCAAAAGCCACAGUAUGGGCGCCAAACGAGCCGUCGCCGGCAGAUCACUUCCCUACGACAUGUUACUAGCUGCCUACCAAAAGAAGAACCAGGCCAAACAACAGAAGGCCGCGCUGGAUGCGAACGCCCCUCUGGAGGACGACGAUGACGCUAAUGCCGGACCUGUCGACUCUGACGAGGAGACUGCGGCGGUCAUGGGCGCGUUAGCUCGAUGGAAUCCGCAACCGGUCGUGCCACAACCCAUCUUUGCGCCGAUCAAGCGAACCUACCAACUCGCACGUCUUCACGAGCAGCUUCAGACAGCAACCAAUGGCGGGCGCACCAAUAUCUUUAAAGUGGUAGGGCUUGGUGCUCAAAGGCUUCCUGAAAAUCACGCUGCCAACCAUACUACUAUGAAUAUGGAUAUGGACGACGCACCCGGAGAGCCAGACCUGGGAAUGAUGGGCUCCCUGGGUGUAAGAAGAUCCUCGAGUAUUAGCAUGCAAGCCAACUCAAGACGACCGUCCGUGAUAGGCCGAGCAUGACACUAACAACUUACACGCAACACCCAGCAAGUUCCGUAUCUAGAUUGAUACGAGAACAUACGUACGUAGAGAGUAAGCAGACGAGCUUGCUUUCAAUUCAUUCCUAGCGAAUAUUGUUAGGGCAGAAUCGGUUACCAUGAUAUAUGUUAUCCCGUUCAUGUAGCACGAGCUUCUGUCUCCCAAUAGCGAUGUGUAAAUUGAGGGUUGGGUAAUUAAGUGCAUUUUGGGUGGGUCGAUCACUGUCAUUUUAGGCGCGUAUUGGGGAUACCAACUUUGAGAGCAUGCGGCUUUGCCGCUUUGGCGUUCGGAUUUACUUAGCAAGCGAAUGAAUUUGG